AUGGCUCUAGUGAACCAGCCAAAGGACAAAAAGCAUGAGAAGGCUCGUGAGCAUCGGAUGGAAGAGGCAAAAUCAGCUGGGAAGAGGAAACCAGACUACGAGGAACUAGGCAAUGAGCCACAAACAAAGAGGUUUUUUGUGAGAAAAACACCCAAACCUCCAGAGAAAAUCGGUUGGAGUGGAGGUGGUUCCAUGGUGAGGAACAGCAGAGUCCUUUUCCACCAGCUGGCGAGGCAGUGCAGCAUUGUUCAUUAUGUCUAUCAGAACAUGCUGGGAGGCUCCAUUCGGGCACAGCUCAGGCAGUGUCUGCAGAGGCCCUUCCUGCGCUCUCUGGCCUCGUACCGCCUCUUCCGAACAGCAAGUCCCUUUGACAGGAGGGUGACCUGCAUGGAAUGGCAUCCAACAUACCCCAGUACUAUAGCUGUUGGUUCCAAAGGUGGAGACAUCAUCCUUUGGGACUAUGAAGUAGUCACUAAAACCUGCUUCAUAAAAGGGAUGGGAGCUGGAGGGGCCAUCACAGGAAUGAAGUUUAACCCUUUUAACCCUAGCCAGCUGUACACUUCGUCAGUGGCCGGCACCACCACCCUGCAGGAUUUUAAUGGCAAUACUGUCCGGGUCUUCACCAGCACCGAGGACUGGGAUUGCUGGUACUGCAGCGUUGAUGUCUCUGCCAGCAGCCGCGCAGUGGUGACAGGGGAUAACAUGGGCAACGUGGUCCUGCUCAGCACUUCUGGGGAAGAGAUUUGGAAGCUGAAAUUGCACAAGAAGAAAGUGACUCAUGUGGAGUUUAACUCCCGAUGUGAAUGGUUGUUGGCCACAGCCUCUGUGGAUCAGACAGUUAAAAUCUGGGACCUCAGGAACAUGAAGAACAAAAUGAAUUUUCUUCAUGUGCUUCCUCAUGAAAAACCUGUCAAUGCAGCCUAUUUCAGCCCAACAGAUGGCGCCAAGCUGCUGAGCACGGACCAGCGCAGCGAGAUCCGGAUUUACUCCUCCUCCGACUGGAGCAAGCCGCAGCACCUGAUCCCCCACCCGCACCGGCAGUUUCAGCACCUCACGCCCAUUAAGGCAGCGUGGCACCCUCGCUAUGACCUGGUGGUGGUGGGUCGCUACCCGGACCCCAAGUUCCCGGGGUACACGGUGAACGAGCUGCGAACAGUGGACGUGUUUGAUGGCAACACCGGGGAGAUGGUUUGUCAGCUCCACGACCCCAACGCCUCCGGCAUCAUCUCGCUCAACAAAUUUAACCCUAUGGGAGACACGCUUGCUUCUGGGAUGGGCUUUAAUAUCCUGGUCUGGAGCCGAGAGGAGAUCGUGGCCAAGAAACGGGAACAUCUUUUGAAAGCCAUGGCAGAACAGGGGAUUGGAAGCUGGAGUUUCUCCAGGCAGGGAAACCCUGGGACAAGCAAACUGAGAGCUAAAUUACUGCCUUUCAAGCUGGAGGAGACGGGAACAAAAUACAGCGACUCUUAUUCCCAGGAAAGGAAGCGAAAAGGGAAGGAUAUAGAAAAGUGA